GCAGUGGACGGCAAGCCAUACCCCUUCUGGCAUGCUGUGGCCGCUACAGGCAGGGCGGGCCUAGAGGGCCUAGAAGGUCGAGAGGGUCGAGAGGACCUAGAGGGCCUAGAGGCGCCUCAGAAGGAUGCUACAGGUUGGCCGGGGGGUCAGAGCUUGGCUCAAGUGCGGACUCAGCCUGCUACAGACGGCGGUAUGCAGAUGGAGGGCGCUACAAGUGGGGGCUAUGUGGCACAUGCGAUGGAUGGUAUGCCAUUCAAUGCCGCCGCCGCCGCAGGGGCUGCCGUGCGUGCUGAGAGUCUUCCCCAUGCUGGCGUUGCUUCUGUCUCAGCUGCCGCUGCUGGUUCUCGUGCAGCAACGCCAAUGCCUGGUGUGCAUGUCACUGCUUCUUCUUCUUCUUCUGCUCCUGCUGCUGCUGCUGCUGCUGCAUUCUCGCGAGCAGGAACACCCAUGCCAGGAGUGCAUGCUGCUGGUUUACCUCCUCCUGCUCCUGCUCCUCCUGCCGCUCACCCUGCAAUGCUUUCCCGCUCCACAACUCCCAUGCCUGGACUGCAUGCUGCUGCUGCAUCUCCUCCUCGUCCUCCUCUUCCUCCUGCUGCUGCUUCUCAUGCUGCAGUGCCUGCAUCAUUUUCCCGUGCAUCAACGCCCAUGCCGGGUGUCUACGCUGCCCCCUUGCCUCCUGCUGCUGUCGCCUCGUCUGCUUCUGCUGUGGGCUCUCGCACAGUAACGCCCAUGCCAGGGGUCUACCUUCCGCCUGCUGCUGCUGCUGCUCUUCCUCCCCACCCUCCCCACCCUGCUGCUACUCACUCCAGUCCUUCUCGUGCGUUCUCCCGCACAGCAACGCCCAUGCCGGGAAUCCAUGCUGCUGCAUCUGCUGCUGUCCCUGCAACUGCUACUAGUGCACCUGCUCUCUCCCGCACAGCAACGCCCAUGCCUGGAAUCCAUGCUGCUGCAUCAGAUUCCGUUGCUCCUGCGUCUGCUCCUGUCUUUCCACCUGCCUCUGCUGCACCUGCUCUCUCCCGCAUGGGAACGCCCAUGCCAGGAGAUGCCCUACGCCAAUGCCAGGCAUGGGUGAGCAAAGCAGGCAGCACGCAAGCGCAUUUCCCCCCAGGGGCCACUCGCGAGGAGCAACUGAGGGGGCUGCCUUUUUCACCCAUGCUGCGGGGCACUCAGGGAUCCAAACUGCAGGGCACCGCAAUUCCCACAGCCAGGCAAGGAGCCACAGCCGCAGCCAGAGCCACAGUCAGAGCCAGGGGGGGUGGGCUGGUGCCCACACGCAUACUCGAGUUAGUGCUGCAGGUGCAGGUGGUGCUGCUCAGGGGGUUUGGGCUGGCAUGGAGGGGCCAGGCGCAGUGGGUGGAGCCCAGAGUGGCUGGGAGUGAGGGCGUCGCAGGAAUGGGGUAUGGGCUGGGGACUAGUGGGAGAGCAACAGAAGUGGGUAAUACUAAUAAUACGUUAGGGAGUAGUGUGGGUGCAGCAGGGAUUGGGUUCGAACGGGCUCUGAGUCAGUCCCUGGCACGUGCUGCUGUGAGCAUGUGUUUUGAUGGUAACGUACUUGACCACUCCCAACCCCAUGCCCACUCUCGCGCCCGCUCCCACUCCUACUCCCGCGCCCACGCCCACUCUUACAACCUCGGCCACAGCAACGACUUUUAUCGCGACCAGGGGCGUUUGCAGAACUCGGAGACGGACGAGGAGGAGGAAGAGAGGCCGUGGCUGCGUAUCAAGCCCCGUGCCACUCAAACCGGCACCGAGCGCAGUGGCCAGCCUGGCAGGCAGCACAGCUUGCAGCAGAGCCGGCAGCAGAGCCGGCAGCAGAGCACGAGCAGCGUCAGCAGCCGGCAUACCAACAGGACAGAGAGUAUCCUGUGGCCCGCAACUGCACCCAGUUUUGGUGCCGCCGUCGCUCCUGCUGCUGCUGCUACUGCUGCUGGUGGUAGCAUUGCUGCUGCGAGUGGUACUGCUAUUUCGUCCAUCCGGAGCAGGACACGUGGCAGGGGCGGGUCUCUCAGUGACGUCACCAGUCUGGGGAUGAGUGAGGGGGAGGGAGUGACAGAGAGUGAGGGAGUGAGUGAGAGAGGGAGUGAGGGGGAGAGCACGAGGUCAGUUGAGGCAGAACUAGGGGAUCUGAUGGAUGCCUUGGAUGGGGAGCUCUCUCCCUUCUGGACUGCCCAUAACAGUGUGGGGAGCUUGGGCAGCGUUGGAGGGGGCAGGACUGGCAGCAUUGGCAGCUGAUGGGGAAUUACUGGGAGUUGAGAGGGGCAGGUGCACAUGGUUUUAGGCAGGAAGGUGCAGAUGUUCACGCACAUGCAGACGCACAUAUGCAGGCAGAUGCAGAGACUGACUCAUACCCAGGCAGCUAUGAUGCUGGUUACGACGACCGGCCCGGGAUUGCCCGCGCAGAUGUGGUGGAUGCGAUGCAUGGUGAUGGCACGGGUCCGAGCAUAAAUG